GUUUGGGUGUGUAUCUUUUUGUUCAAGUCAGGCGAACCUGAACUUAUUUGUCGGAAAUAUUAACAAAAUAUUAAACAUAAAGCUGCGCGCGCGUCUGAAUACAGAUUCAUCCAAAAACGAGAAACCUUACCAAAAAAAAAAAAAAAAUCAAAAAGAAAUUUAAACUAUUUUGAAAGCAUUUUAAACACACAACCAGCACUACUACUUACUAUUGUAUUUGCAUAUCGUAUCUGAGUAAAUUUUCAACAAUAGGCCUAUCCGAGACAGCCGUAAUGGACGUAAUGUCAUCAUCACUGCAACAGCAGCGCAUUGUCGUUGACCAGCUGCGUCGGGAGGCGGCCAUAGAUCGGCAGUCGGUGUCUGUGUCUUGCGACAAAAUGAAGAAAUAUAUAUCGGAGCACGAGCAGGAGGAUUACCUAUUGACUGGUUUCACCAGCCAGAAGGUAAAUCCCUUCCGCGAGAAAUCCUCGUGCACUGCUCUUUAAGCCGAUUCGAAUCGGAUAAUAUAUUUGUUUUUCGUUAUUAAGUUCUUUAUAAACAUCAAGCACCCAAUCCCAAUUAAAGAUGAUGAAUAAAAACCUGAACAAUAACACCACCAGCUAAAUAUUGUGCAAAAAAUAUAUACAUAUAUCUAUAUAUAUAUAAACGCAAAUUAUAAAAAGCAAUAUUAUUACAAAACAAAAACAAAACGAAUAGAAAUCCGUAAAAGGGCCUAAUGUGUACCAAGUCGUAAAUACUUAGAACGAAAAGACAUAACAAUAUAGAAACAGACAAAUGCAAAUUUUAAAUUCUUCAAAAACUCUUAACCUUUGGCAUUUAUUCGGGUAAUAUCAGCAUAUAGUAGAGCAACCAGUGUACACGAAUAUCCCAACUUAAAGGACAAUUAAUGUGCGGACUAGCAACAACUACCUAAAACUAUGAAAUCUAUAUCUACAUUAAUAUAUCAAUCCAAUAUAUUUAUUAAAGCAUAGUAAACACACAAAUAAAUACAACAUACACAAACAACACCUAUUUUGCCUACUUAUUUCAAGAAUAAUCUGUUCACGUUGUUAAACAUACUCAAUUAUGAAGUAUGCAUAUUCAAGAAUAUAUUAUUAUAUACAUUUAUAAAUCCCAGCUAUGCGGAUUCAAACUAUAUGAUUACUUUAAAAGCUUUAAAUGCAGGCAGAAAUACGGCCAUAACAAGCUAGUUCAACUUUAGUGUGUUUAAUAUCAAGUUUUUUCUUAGAAAAAUAUUAAAGCUCGUUGCAGUAACGCGACAAAAAUAUAUAAAUGCAAAUAUAUAUUUAGUAUAUAUAUAUGUAUCUCUAAAGUAGUUUUCGUCUUUUUGAUUAUCAACUGGCAGUUCAUGCUAAUAUAUUAUCUCGCUAAAAUGAACGAUAAUUUAUUUUAUAAAUCUCUAGAUCUCAAUGAAACUCGACACGAAACUGAAAAUUGUGUCUCUCAAUUUCUGGCUAAAGCAAAUUGUAACAAUGUGUGAUUCUGUGCUAAGUAAACGAAAUAUUAAGAAAGGAAAUGAAAAAAAAAAUAAGUCACUCAUAAUACUUGCAUAUUAUUAAAGCUAAUGUUGACAUUGUAAAUCGGGUGUUAUCACGACAGCACAUGAUGUCAUAUCUAUCAAAUGAUUUGUGCACGGUUGAGCCUAUAUUUUUGUAAAGGAUAAACAAACCAAAUUGUAUUUGGCAUGAGUGGCAAAGUAUAUAUUAAAGCUGAGUUAUUUUUCUACACUCUAACAUGGUAUUGGGCAAAAAUUGUAUGGUAUUGGAAUGAAACAAAACGGUUCUUCCAUCGAGAGAAACAUUCAAAUUUCCAUAUUCACAUCUAAAACAAAUCCACAACCCACAAUUUACCUUGUCGACACAGCUAGUUAACAUUUAAUAUUGAAUCGGUUCUUCCAUUCUUGCAUUUAAGUAAAUUAUUUGAACAAGGAAUCACACAUAUUUACUGAAAGCAUUUGUUUUCCAACACAUUCAGAUAGAUUUUGAACUCUGUUCUGCUGUCGUGAGCAUUCAGCAGAAAAUUGUUCAAAAUUGAAAAUUUCCUACCUUAAGAGUAGACUCUUCUGGUCGCUUCCAAAAAAAAACAAAAACAACCAAAACUGCAGUUGGUUACGAGGCAACUAUUUUCGGUGGACUAACAAUAUUUGGCACAAUUUUCAAUUUCCUGCAAGUUUCAUGUAGAUAUCCCGUUUUGAUUUAUAGUUUUUGUUCUUCAAUUGAUUGGAUCUAUAAAGAUUGAAGUGUGCUGAAAACAAUCGAACUAUCCACUGGAGCACGGAUAGUUUCGAUUGCUUUCAGAGACAAACAUCAAUUCAAUGAUAUACGUAUUUACAACUAUACUAACUAAAGCAUGCACGAAAUAAUGGAUAUAUAAAGCACCGAAUACCAAGAAUGAGAAAACACUUUAAGAACUUUAUUAAACUUCAAUUUGAAAACGACAACGAUAUCGUAUUUUAUUCGAACCAAAUAUUGAAUUGUAUCUGCGCAUACGCAUUUGAAAUAAUGUAAUGUACUCCAAAAUGAACAAAUAAUUGUUUGCUUGAAUUCCAAAAAUAAAAAGCUUAGAUGAGUUAUCUAGCGGA